GUGAAUCAAAAGCAAGGUCUUAGACUUGAUAGCUUCAAACAAGAGGAGUUGAUCACAGAUAUUCAGAGCUUUUGGGUCAGCCCAAGUCCUGGCGUGUUAUUGUUUUUGUUCCUGCGAAUAGUUAGUGUACAAACAAGACCAUAAAACCUAAGGGACAGAUGUGGUUACACUAUAAAAGCAAAGACAAUAUAACAGCCAAGUUACUGUGGGUGAAAGUAAGUGGAAUUUAGCUGCUCAGGAUUAAGCUUUCGGUGCUCAGGACCCCUCAAACAUGAAGAAAUGCCUUGAAUACACCUUGCUCCUCAUUAUCUCUUCGCUUCACGACUCGCUGCAGCAGAGAAUCAUUGGAGGACAGGAGGUUGAGCCCUACUCCAUAAAGUACCAGGCCUCUAUCCAGUACAACAACUUCCAUUACUGCGGAGGAACGCUCAUACACCGGCAGUGGGUGGUUACUGCAGCCCACUGCUGGAGACCGAGCUAUUUAAUCAAAGUGGUUUUGAGUGAGCAUAACCUCUCCAGUAAAGAGGGUGUUGAGCAGGUGUUCGGUGUGUCCAGAGCUCUGGUGCAUUACAUGUACAAUUACAGGACAUUUGAUAGUGACAUUAUGCUCUUGAAACUGGACAAGCCUGUAGAGUUCAAUGUCAACAUCCAGCCGGCUGUGCUGCCAACCUCACUCGCUCCCUUACAAGGGGGCACAGUUUGCACGGUGAGCGGCUGGGGCGUCACUCAGGUCUACAGUUAUUACCUGUCCCCCGUCCUGCGUGCUGUGGACGUCCAGAUCAUCCCUCAGUGUCAAUACUACUACUACUACAGAAUCACCGACAACAUGGUGUGCGCCGGCUCCCCGCUGGGCGGCAAAGACUCCUGCCAGGGCGACUCUGGUGGGCCUCUCAUCUGUAAUGGUUAUUUUGAGGGGAUCGUAUCUUGGGGCAUCAGUUGUGCCAACCAGUAUUUCCCAGGAGUCUACACCAAAGUCCGCAACUAUGUCUCUUGGAUCAACUGGAUAAUCGAAAAUGACAUCACCAACUAGAAUGUUCCUUUUCCAAAGGUUAUUGAACUGCCACACCAUAGAAAUGACACCAGACGGUCAAAAAGACCCAGUAUACUGAGUACGGCGGUCAGUGUCUGUUAGAUAAGAUAAAUACCCACACUGACACGUGUUUUAUUCUUUUACAUUCUCAAACAAGGAUGCUCAAUUUGUGAAUGAAAGAAAGAGCAGAGCAGGUUUUGGAUAUCACACUACAAAAAAACAAAAAAACAAAAAACAAAAAAAAAGGAUUUUCUUACUUAAAAUUUUUGUCUUAAUUUUAUGCCAGUAAAAACAUCAGUUUAUCCACAAAUUCUAGUACAAAUAUCUAAACAUGCUUGAAUAAAGAUACAUUUACUUGAGAAGCAAAAUCACUUAAGAUAUAAAGUCUUGUUUUCUAGGAAAAAUAAAUAAAUGAUUCUGUAUUUGUAUUAGAAUUUGUGGUUAAAUUGAUGUUUGUACUGGCGUAAAAUCAAAUUCCAACAAACUUUAAUGGUCAUCUUGAUUUAAAAUCAUUAUUACAAAAUAAUAAAUAAAAUAUUUUCCCAUCUUAUUACCGCUG